AUCAUGGAGGGAUUCAACCAUUCUGGAGUAUCUGAAUUUGUAUUACUUGGACUUACUGAUUCUCCUGAGCUCCAGAUUUUUUUCUUUGUGAUGUUUUCUGUUUUCUAUUUACUAACUAUGUUGGGCAACUGCUUGAUUUUGCUCACAGUCCUAUGCACCCCACACCUUCACUCCCCCAUGUAUUUCCUCCUCAGCAACCUCUCUCUCAUUGACAUGUGCUUGUCCUCCUUUGCCACUCCAAAGAUGAUCAUGGACUUCUUUGCUGAGCAUAAGACCAUCUCUUUUGAGGGCUGCAUUUCUCAGAUCUUCUUUUUGCACCUUUUCACUGGGACUGAGAUUGUGCUGCUGAUCUCCAUGUCUUUUGACAGGUACAUUGCCAUAUGCAAACCUCUCCAUUAUUCAACAAUUAUGAGCCAAAGAGUGUGUGUUGGGCUUGUGGUAACUUCUUGGACAGUGGGCUUCCUGCAUACAAUGAGCCAGUUAGCUUUUACUCUCUGUUUACCCUUCUGUGGUCCUAAUGUUGUAGACAGUUUCUUCUGUGACCUUCCUUUGGUCAUCCAGCUGGCUUGUAUAGAUAUCUAUGUUCUUGGAAUCUUCAUGAUCUCAACUAGUGGUGUGAUUGCUCUUGUAAGUUUUCUGCUUUUGCUCACCUCCUACGUCAUUGUUCUUGUCACUAUCAAGGACCACUCUUCCACAGGAUCAUCUAAGGUUUUUUCUACCUGUACUGCACAUUUCCUAGUUGUGUUAAUGUUCUUUGGCCCCUGCAUCUUCAUCUAUGUGUGGCCUUUCACUAACUUCCUGGUGGACAAAGUUCUGUCUGUUUUCUAUACCAUCUUUACCCCCUUUCUGAAUCCACUUAUCUAUACUUUGAGAAACCAGGAAAUGAAGACAGCUGUGAAGAAGAAACUAAGUAACCAAUACCUAAAUCUUGGGAAAACUUCUCCAAGAUAUCCAGUGCAAUGA